GUUACAGUAUAUAUAUAAAAAAAUGAAACACGUAGAAAAAACGAGACAUACAAAAAUUAUCCCGUGUCAGUUAAUACUUAGUUGGGUAACCUUUCACAUGCAUUAUGGCCUCACAGCAUCUUUUCAGGGAGUGAACCAAGUGUUUUAGUUCUGCAGCUGUUAUAACGUGAAAUCAAGAUUGAAUGAUGGCUUCUAUGAACUGGGUUUUAUUGCUGGGUCACUUCUGACUAGCAAAUUUCUUUAGUCGGCUCCAUAGAUUUUCAAUUGGGUGAAGGUCUGGGCUAUUCCCAGGCCAUUCGAGCAGUGGAAUAGGAUGAUCUUGAAACUCCAAGGGAAAAAAAGUGGUGUUAUUAGCCAUCAAACCUCAAAAAGACACUUUUCCCAAAAGGUUUCCCCAAUUUUGGCCACUGCUCCCAAUCACCUCUAGGGGGCUGCCUGCUCUUUGCUGCCCCCUAAUGGGCACCUAUUGCUAUUUCCAGCCCCGAUCUACGGGUGAUAAAGUACAUUCAAUAGGAAUCCGCGUGUUUGCAGGGGGAACCAGGCAUUUCCCACUGACUUCCUCCACAGGCAGAAUGAAACAUGCAGAAAAUGGAUUUUCAUUACCAAGCCCAAGCUAGGAAAGAAAGAAUUAAAAAAAAAAACACCUGUGAUUUUUAACCCUUAAGGGGAAAUCUCGACUAAGCCCUCCCAUCCAGCCCCGGAUUUUGAAAAAGAGGGGAUCAAGGCGCCUCCUUUCUCCCCCCACCAAAGCGCCCGGCUCUUGGCGUUUGCAGCUGGAGACCCUCAAGAGCCCCGAGGGCGGGCUGCGAGGUAGGUAGAUAGGCAGGCAGGCAACUCUGGAGCUUUUCUCGGACCCUGCUUGGCGUGGAAGCUCCGCGGCGUGGAACUGCCAGCCCGCGAGUGGGAUGAGCUGGCCGGAGGCGGAUCGGAGGCGGGCAGGACGCGCAUUGGAAACCUGAGCGAGAUGCGCCUUGCGACGCCUGGGCACCCUUCCUUGCCCCGGAUAAAGGGUGGCAGCCGGUUCUUCUUUCGUUGGUUGCGCGCUUUUCUCCUUUUUGUGUGUGUCUUUCGAACAAGAAAGACCUCUUGGAAAGUGGAUCAGAUUAUUAGGCUCCUGGAGAACUGCCGUCAUGGAAUCUGGUUGGAUCUGUGCAUCUGUGCUUCUUCUUUGCUUCUGGUUACGUGAAGGGAAUUCACAGAGCAUCAUUGAGGACCAGAAGAAAAAGCUGAGCCUCCUGAUUAAUGAGGUCAAUGCAGAUAAUCCAGGAGACGACACCAUGGAGUAUUUGGAACUCUAUCAUGUCAGCGGACAAAGAGUUGCUUUGAACGGAUAUCAUGUAGUCCUCUACAACGGGAAGGGAAACAUAGCCUACAAAGUCUUGGAUCUUGGUGGUUUUUCCACAGAUGACCAGGGUUUUCUCCUGGUUGGAUCUGGCAACCUUGUCCCAAGGCCAGCUAUAAUCCUCUCGAAGGGCACAAUCCAGAAUGGACCGGAUGCAAUUGCUCUUUAUUUUGGGAGAUCGGAUUUGUACGUAGGCAUGCCGGUAGACAACGAAGGCCUGGUGGAUGCUUUGGUUCAUAAAUCUAACAAAAGGGACAAAGCAGAUGAGUUGGUUCGUGUUCUGACCCCUGGCACGGAACCUUUCUUGGAGGACCCUUCAUUCCGGACCACGGAUGAUGAGUCUCUGGAGAGGUGCCAAGGGAUGGAUUCUCAGAGGUUCUUCCAACUGGGGGCACCAACCCCAGGCGCAGAUAACCACUGCAUCCCUUUCUCACAGUUGAAUGCCUCUGUUGUGCUGAUCAAUGAGGUCAAGUUGGCAUCCUCUCCUGGAGACGCUGAGUUUGUGGAGCUCCAAGGUCCCCCUUCUGUAGAGGUGAAGGACCUGGUGAUGGUCCUGGUAAAAGGAAGCACCCAAAAGAUCUACUCGAUCAUGGAGGUCAAGGGUGAAACAUCUCCUGAUGGGUUACUUCUGUUGGGUUCGGGACUGUCCAAAAUUCCAGGGGGCGCAGCUCACUUUCAGAACUUCACUUUCCUCCAGAAUUCCAGCACUCCCCUUCUCAAAGCAGGCACCAAUGCUGUUGCCCUGUACGGCGGGACCAUCAGAAACUUUGUGGUGGGCUCCAGCGCCCCGUCGACACCACCCCUUCUGGAUGCCUUGGUGUACACAACAGCGGAACCGUCGGAUUCGGCGCUGCCGGACACCUUGACCCCUGGGAAGCCUCCCUUCUACGUGAGCGAACAAUCCCGGGCCGAUGGUGCAUCUGUCAGCCGAUGCCUCUGUUGCUUUGUCUCCCGCGAUUCUUCCUCCUACGCCCUCGCCAAUCCCACACCUUUGCAGUUCAACGACUGCCCGAAGAUACGUUUUAGCCAAAAAGUUUCUCUUUGUUUUCAAGUAGCAGGCUGCCAACAAAAACCACAGGACGAAAGGACGAUACAGAGAGUUUUGGCCCAGUCCCUGGAGAAACGAUGCAACUGCAGUUUUUCCCCAGCAUAUUUCAAAGAUCCCGUUUUAACCUGUGAAGGCAGAGAAUUGAUUUUCACUGCCUUCUUGAGUGCCCGGUCAACACAGCAGCUGGACCUUGAGUUGCAGGCCCUCUCAAACUUGGAGAAGAGUGAAGAACUGUUUGGUUUUGGAAAGCCGAACCACAGCAUAGCGAUUAAGGCUUGUUCGAGCAAUGCAGAUGGGACAGAGACACCUCCAGAUGUAACUUCAGAAGAACCACGGACAACCGGAGAACCUCCAACUCCAGCCCUGGAGUUGCUUAUCAACGAAGUGAACGCGGACAAUCCUGGCUCUCGAGAAGACACGGAAUUCAUUGAGCUGUUCUACCCAGGACAAGCACCGUUUGCACUCGAGAAUUACUGGCUCGUUCUGUACAACGGCAAGAAUAACUUAGCUUACCAAGUCUUGAACCUGACAGGCUACUCAACCGACGAGUGGGGCUACUUCCUUGUAGGGAGUGGUGGAGUCACCCCCGUGCCCUCGCUUCUUUUGCCAAAUAACACCAUCCAAAAUGGCGUAGACGCCGUGGGGCUCUACCGCAACGCCAACCCUGUCUAUAAAAACAACAUGCAGGUGACCGUCGAUGGGCUGGUUGAUGCUGUGGUGUACAGAGCCCGGGGUGCGGAAAAAGCUGACAAGCUCGUGGCUCUUCUCACUCCUGGGCAGCAUGUUAUCCAUGAAAAUGAUUCUCAUAGCACCGAAGACGAGUCCAUCAGCCGAUGUCUCAGCCUGAAGCCCAGAGAUCCUAAGAGUUUCCAGGUGACCGAAAUAACGCCUCUUCGGGAAAACUCUUGCGUGUCCUUCAACUUGAAUGUCACCAGAGAGGUGAUCCACAAAUCUUCGGCCAUCAUCAACGAAGUGGGCCUGGCCAACGACUCACUUCUAUACAAGUUCAUUGAGCUGAAAGGGAAGCCCGGGGACAGCUUGACCAAAUACACCUUGCAUUUCUUCGGAAACCGUAACCGGCCUUACAACAGCAUCCACCUGCAAGGCAGAUUUGGAAGCGAGGGUCUUUUUGUCGUCAUGCCAGGACAAGCGUCGCAAAGGGAUCAGACUCAGGAGCAGUUGGUGAUGCCCACUCUCUGGAAUCACCCAUUCCCGAAGCAGGAGACCUUAACUGUAGCCCUAUUCAGCCGUAAAGCACAACUUCCAUAUGGCACUCUAAAUAUUGCCGAGAAACUAGAAGACAGUUUGACGUGGAACCCUGGGGCGGUCUUUCAAAUACCCUCUAUGCCUGGGAAAAGAGAAAGAAUCUGGUCAUUGAGUUACUGCCCUUUUUGCAAAGAAACCUUUCUCUUCUCCAACCCCACCCCAGGCUUGGAGAACAGCUGUCCUCAAGAGUCUCUGUCCUUGGAUCUUGGGAUGUGCCUAUGGACACUCAACUGUUCCUUCUGGCUUCAAAAUCCACAGCUGCAAGCUCACUUCCAGCAGAUGCUAGUGAGAUCCAUGGAAGACAGCUGUUUGUGUGCUCUCUCUCUGUGCGCUCUGCAAGAACUGAAUUUCACCUGCUCUGAUACCACAUUGAAACUGUCCGGUCGGAUGCUGGCCACAUCACUGGAAGAGCGGGAGCUCCUUAUCCAAUGGCAACAGAAAUUCUCCUUAAAUUCCCAUCCAUUUUCUGUGGAUGGGAUAUUCCUCAGAACUAAUGCACCCUGCGCAUCUUCUAGUGAAGUGGUACCAAUAUCUAAAGCUUCAUUUCAAGGCUGGGAAAUUGCUUUUUUGGUCUUGGGUUCCAUUUUGCUCAUAGCGCUGUUGAUUGGUGGAAUUGUCUAUUGUAUAAAAAGACCGCAAAAUUACAACAACAUUGAACUGAACGAUCGCUGCGAGAUUAUUUCAGACAUCUGAUUCUACCAGGAAGUGCCUCCAUAAAAAAAAAAGGCUAUUUAUGGAUCUACUGUAAUGAAGAGGUAAAUCUCAGAACGUUCCAGCCAGCUGACCGCAGUGUAAACAGAUCAAAUUCCUGGAGUAUUUAUUUUGAGAAUGAUGUUUUUCUGUGCGUGAGAAAACCUACCCCUUUGUUUCUACAAGCAUCUCUCACUGCCAGGCUGGGUGAAAAAUUGGUGGGGUGGAACAAGAUAUUUUCCCCACCCACCAUAAAAAAUAUAAUAAUAAAUGUGUAGCCAAAGCGAUUACUUCCUCCCCCUAAUUUGUCAGUGGGGGCAAAGUGCUUUGCUCAUCACAAUCAGAGAAAGAGAAAGGGGAAGAGAGAGAGAAAGAGAGAGAGAAAGAAAAAAAGAAAAGAGAGAAAGAGAGAGAGGGAAAAAAGAAGAGAGAGAGAGAAAAACAACAACAGAGAAGCAAGAAAGCCUUGGAUUCCGUUCUAAUAAAUACAGAAUUUUUUUCUCAGAGUGGAAAGGAGUAGACGGAGAAUUGCUCAAGUUACCUCACCUACAUGGAUUGUCAAUUAGAUCUAAAGUGACUUCGCUGCUCCUAAGGAAUGGACUGUCUUAGUUGUAAUCAGGUGGGUUUCAGCAGGUUCUGACCAGUUCUGGAGAACUGGUAGCGGAAAUUUUGAGUAGUUCGGAGAACCGGUAAAUACUACCUCUUACUGGCCCCAUCCACAUCUAUUCUCUGCCUCCCAAGUCCCAGCUGAUCGGGAGGAAAUGGGGAUUUUGCAGUAAACUUCCCCUGGAUUAGGGAGGGAAUGGAGAUUUUAUAGUAUCUUUUUCCUGGAGUGGGAUGGGAAUGGUAUCCUUCCCCUGCCACGCCCACCAAGCCAUGCCCACCAAGCCAUGCCACAGCCACCAAGCAACACCCACAGAACUGGUAGUAAAAAAAUUUGAAACCCACCACUGGUUGUGAUGUGUGGUGCCACUGACAAUGAACGCCUCAAGUGUGUUUGUGAAAGGGGACCUUUUUCAGGGGAAGGUGCCUGCUUUCCAGGCAGAGAAAGUCUCAGGUUCAUUUCCUAGUUCAGGAAACAGGAAAGAUCAGUUGAAAACAAACAUUUUCGCAAAGCCGUCGGUUCAGUUGACAUUUUAAAGCUGCGGGCAAGAAGGUAACUGGACCCCUAUGCUCACCUCCCUAUGCUCACCUCCCAUUUUCUAAGCCAGAGAAGUCAGUACCUAAGCCAAAGGAAAAGAAAUUAAAAAAAAAGAGGUCACCCUUGUCUAAACACUCCACUUUCCCCAGAAGGAAACUCAGGAAUUUGUAUAUAAACCGUCGUUUGUAGUUUCACCUUGCUUGUGUAGCUGUACCAACUCUGUAGCCUUGAAUUUCUUGCUCGCCGCCAGAAGGCCACAGCAAAAAUUAAAACCCAAAGCAAUGACACAAACAGAAGGUGGUAUAAAUCGUGAAGGUCCCUGGGGGAAAGCCCAAAUUCAGUAUCCUCUGAAAUGUGCUGUCUCAGAGCCAGCUUCUCACACCUCUGCAGAUGUGAAUAGGGGGUCCUUAGUGCUCCCUGAACUUGACUGUAUUCUUGCAGCUGUUUCAUUACCCAGCUAGAUAACAGCAUCAAUGCUAGAAGGGUUUGCCCUUGUAGCAUUGAUGAUGUUACUUAGUUCGGUAAUGAGACUUAGUCUAACGGGUAGGUGUGACAUUUGCUUUCAGGCACACUUGAUUUAACAGGCUUUGUAAAAGCUGCAAAUUUUUUUUGGAUCGACUUUUAAUCAGCUACUGCCCUCUGCUGAUCCUCUAACAUUGCAGCAAUUGCUAAUUAAAUUAACCAACCAUGUACAAUAUUUUUUGCUCAUCCCAUCCGUAUACAAUAUUAUUGUAGAACAGGGGUCUCCAAACUCGGCAACUUGAAGACUUGUGGACUUCAACCCCCAGAGUUCCUCAGGCAGGAUGGGGAGAGAGGGGCGGGUUGUUGCCAGGUUUGCCAAGUUGUAAGGUUUGGAGACCCCUGCUGCAGAAAUAAGAAAGAAGACCUUGACAGCAGCAUUGGCUCAGUGACUUAAUGAUGCUAGAGAUGGUCUCAGCUCGGGCGAUUGGAGCCCUAGUUCUGCCUACCACCAUCCUACAUUUUUUCCAUUUUUUAAAAAUCACACUGUCUUCUUGGUUUUUCCAGUUCUGGCAUUCAGGAAGUUAUGAAAUAAAUGUUUAAUUGCUUAUUUGCUCUUCUUUGUCCUCUGAUCACCGAGAUCUUAUGAUGUUUGUUUUUGCUGUCCUUAGGCUGGAAAUUUACCAGUAUUUAUCUUGUUUAUGGUUGAUUGUAUUUUAUUCUGUUGUGAGCCACAGGGAGUCAGAAUGACCGGGUGGCAUUAUGAAUGGACAGAAAAAUAAAUAAAAUAAAAAGUUGGGAGUCCAAAUGCAGCUGAUUUUUUCAUUGCUGAGACCUAUCAAGAGAUCUAAAGUUUCUUUUUCUGACAAUAAGUUUAGAGGAGUUCCCCCUCUCACUUUUUCAACUUUUGUUGGAGAUAGAUGGCUUGGCCUUCAGCUGUCCCUGUCACAAUUAAAGCAGGGCUCCUAUACAAAUGGGGGAAUACCUUAGCUUUGCCACCCUAGUUAUGCUAAACAAGUGAGACCUUCAGCACUAGGCAGCUGUCAACUAGAUGCACAUAUGUGUGGCUGACUCUUUUAAGGAAGAGAUAAUAUUCAUCCUUGCACUACAGCUACUUCUCGACUUACAACAUUUGUUUAGCCACCAUUCAAGGUUACUAUGGCACUGAAAAAAAGUGACUUAUGACCAGUAAAUAAAGGAGUGUGGGGUUCACACAACAUGCUUCAUCACAAAGUAGUAUACUUAUUCACAUAUAACAAUCGUAUGUGAAUAAGCCAUUUUGGGUAGUGGUUAAAGCACCAGGCUAAAAACCAGGUGAUAGUGAGUUCUAGUCCUGCUUUAGGCAUGAAGCCAGCUGGGUUCAUCUGGAAAAUGCUGUGGUGCCAGUACCAUAUGAUCUGCCACAUCUGGAAUCUGCUGUGAUGCUGGCAUGGUCUUCUGCUACAUCUGGAACUUUCCUGGAUGCUAGCAGUCUUCUGCAACACCUGGAACCUGCAGUCUUAGCAGUCUCCCAAAACAUCUGGAACCUACUGUAAGCUAGCAUGGUUUUCUGCAAAAUCUAGAACUGCUGCGGUGCUAAACCCUUUCAUUUCCCAAUUUGAUCCACCCUCUCCCCGAAAAGAUGGCACGUGCUAUGUAUUACAACUCCCAUGACUCCAAACCAUGGGAGUUGAUCACAGUUGUGGUUCAACCCCCAUUGGGCGACGUUCGG